CACCUCGUUUCUUAGCUUGGCCACUCCACACCAUCCUUUUUUUCUCUUAAGGUGAGGGAGAGAUUUCUGGAAGUAGUAAGCUUCCUAGCUAUGGCAAUCUCAGAGGCCGGGUCCAGUAGGGAUGCUACACCAGCAUCACGAGGCGAGUACGAUGUGUUUCUGAAUUUCAGAGGAGAGGAUACUCGUCAUGGAUUCACAGACUUCCUCUACCAUGGCUUGAAUGAUGCGGGAGUUCACGUGUUCAGGGACGAACAAGAACUCCUCGUCGGUGAAGUGAUCAGCGAGAAACUUCAACAAGCUAUGAAGAACACCACAAUCUACAUACCCAUCUUCUCUCAGACUUAUGCUUCCAGUAAAUGGUGUCUCCGUGAGCUGGCACUCAUGGUAGAUAACGUGUCUGAGUCAAAGGGUAAAAAAAGUAUCCUUCCUAUUUUUCUUCAUGUGGAACCAGACGAUGUUAAACUUAAGAAAUCACUAUAUGAAGCUGAUUUCAAGAAACACGAGGACUUUCUUGAUGAAGCUGAGGCAUGGAAGGGAGCUCUUAGAAAGGUAGAUGAACGCAAGGGAUGGGUUGUGAAAAAGGACCAAAGUCAAGCAGCGAUUGUCAAAUUGGUUGUUAAAGAGGUUCUGGAGAAGCUGAAGAUAAAACAAAAAUUAGUGACUGAACAUUUAGUUGGCCUUGAUGAUCGAAUAAAAGACUUGAUAAAGUUAUUAGAUGUCAACCAUGAUGAUGUGCGGCUCAUUGGACUAUACGGAAUGGGUGGCAUCGGUAAAACAACUGUUACCAAGGUUGUCUUUAAUCAACUAUGUUCCCACUUUGGAAAGUGUUGUAGCUUCCUUGAGGGCAUUCGUGAAUGGUCAAGUAAGGAGGGCAUAGUCCCGUUGCAGAAGAAAUUACUAUCCGACAUUGGUGGUCCUAGAUCUGUAGGAGAUAUCAACGAUAGUGAAGAAGGAAUGAGGAGGAUUGGAAAGACGCUUAGUAAUAAUAGGGUUCUUGUGGUUCUGGAUGAUGUCGAUAAGAAAGUGCCCAUUAGGAAUCUAAUAGACAAUUCCAAAUUACAUCGAGGAUCUAGGAUAAUUAUUACAACGAGAGACAAAGAUAUUCUUCAAGUUGAGGAAUCUGAAGUUAAAAUUGAACAAUAUGAGAUGCCACUGAUGGAUGAUGGUCUUGCACUUCAACUUUUUUGUUGGCAUGCCUUUCGUAAAUACUAUCCUUUGGAUGAUUAUCAUGAGCUUUCAAGGAAAAUUGUCUCACUAAUGGGAGGGCUUCCUUUGGCUAUAAAAGUGAUUGGUUCGUUACUUAAGGAUAAGGAAGACAAAAAAUUUUGGGAAGAGACGUUGGUCAAGUUAACGAAAGUACUUGAGAAAGAUAUUUUAGAGAAGCUGAGGAUUAGCUAUGAUGACCUAGACAAAUAUCAGAAACAAAUUUUCCUCGAUAUAGCAUGCUUCUUUUUCAAUGAGAAGAAGACCGAUGCAAUUUACAUGUGGGAAAGUUGUAAAUUUUAUCCCAUCGGAGGAAUUGAAGUCCUUACCAAGAGGUGCUUGAUAAAGAUAUUGGACAACGAUAAGUUAUGGAUGCAUGAUCAACUAAUAGCACUAGGGAGGCAUAUUGUCCGUGAAGGUAGUCAAGAUGACCUUGGAAAGCAGAGUAGAUUAUGGAUUGAAGAAGAGGCCCUCCAAAUCAUAAGAACCAAAGAGAGGAAGCACAUGAUUGAAGCACUUGUGGCAUAUGGAACAAUUACAAAUGAAGACUUUGAAGGGUUACCAAAUCUAAGAUUCCUCGAGUUAAAGAGGGGAACUUAUGCUGGGAACUUUGCAAGGUGUCAUUCAAAUUUAAAAUGGUUUUCUUGGAGUUGUAAUUCUCCUCUUUAUUGGAGUUAUUAUCCUCCUUUUGGGCAAGAUUUUGAGGUGGACAAUUUGUAUCUGAAUCGGCUUGUUGUUUGUAAGCUUUGCGACAUUGACUUGAAGGAUGAAUCAAAAGCAUGGGAAUUCAUCAAGAGGGCGUGGGAUUUGAAAGUUUUGUCUCUUAUUGAGUGUGAAGGCAUAACGACAAUCCCAGACAUCUCUAAAUGCUCGGCUUUAGAGAGGUUGACUCUUCAAAGAUGCUCCAGUCUAAAGAGAAUUGAAAGCUCCAUUGGAAAUCUACAGUCAUUGAUUGAGUUAAAGAUCGAAGCGUGCAAUUAUCUUACAGAUUUGCCUAAAGAAAUUGGGGCACUAGUGAAGCUUAAGCACUUCUCAUUGUCAAGAUGUAGCACGUUGAGAGAACUUCCGGGCUCAAUUGGGAAUUUAACCUCAUUGACGGAGUUAGACUUAUCAGACAUGAUAAUAAGGGAACUUCCCAACUCCAUUGGAAAGAUAAAUCUUGAAGAGUUGGAUCUCUCUGGGCACAAUGAAAUGAUAGGUGAAAUUCCUAUUAGAAUUGGAGAAUUGUCAUCUUUAAGAAUCCUAAAUUUAAUGGGCACCCAUAUUAGCGGAAUUCCAAGGACAAUCAACAUGCUUCAUCACCUCCAAACACUAAACUUAAAAGAAUGUCAUAAAAUUCAAGGGUUGCCAGAGCUUCCCACAAGUUUGACUAGUCUACUUCUUGAAUCUAACUCGUUGCUCUCAGUCCCCAAUCUGUCGAACCUUACUAAUUUGGUUGAACUGCAACUGAGUAAAGGCUAUUUGAUGACAAACAAAUCAAAUCUAAUCACAGGAUGCAACUUGAGGUGGAUUGGGAGGUUAUCUAGACUGCAAAAGUUAGAUUUAAUUCUGCCAAAUGUCCCUGCACCUCUAGAGUUGGCUUCUCUUUCUCAUCUAGAAGAGCUUACUUUGUCUCGCCUAGACCUAGAAACCCUCGUGCAGCUUCCGUCCUGUCUGCGGAGAUUGAAUUUGGAAUUCUUUAGCGUCAGGUGGGCAGAGUUGCUACCUUCCCGCUUGAGAUUGGGAGAUUUGUCGACUUUAGAGUUUUGUGAUGUUGAAGUAGAAGAAAUUCCACUCGAUGGACUUCCGCAACUGGAGAACUUAACUGUUAGCCGUUGUGAACUGCUUCAGAGAUUAUCUUUGGAAUUAAGGAACCUACAGCAAGCGCAUGUGUCAUCUUGUCCAGAGCUAGUUGAGAUACAAGUUUUGGGUCUUUCGAAAUCAAUGGAAUCCUUCAAUGUUUUGAAUUGCACAUCUCUGAGAAGAAUAAGUGGGUUAUCAUACUUGAAGAACUUGGAGAAAUUGAAAAUCAGUUGGUGCAUUGUACUUUCUAUUGUUGAGGGCCUUCACGAGCUAGAGUCUCUGAAAUCCUUGGAGGUCAGGCGGUGCCCGUCGUUGAGAAGGUUAAUUGAUGCAUCUUCAACAAAUAUUCCGGAUGAUUGCCGCGUCAAAAUAGUGGAGUGCGGUGACUUUAACAAAGAUUCUACUCCGAGCUACCCAUCUGGAAGCUCUAUGAAGCGUUACAGAGAGGAGAUCUUCCUAGAUACAUCAAAGUUUGAAUCCAAGUUAGACAAGAUUUCCUUCACAAUCAGAUUCCACCUUGGAGUAAAGAAGUCCAGUGAGGGGUUUGGGUUUGUUGGUGGAAUAAAUAGGGAAAAGGAAGAUGUCACCCCUGAUUCAGUGACAUAUGAAGGAUUGGUUGCUGAUGUGAAAAAUUUCGGGUUUCGUUUGAAGAGAAUGUGGUACGAGACUCCUUGUGUAUACCGCGAUUUGCUCAUAGAGAUCCAGAGUGAUGAGCAAGUGAAGGGAAUAAUUCAGCUAGCAUCUAAAAGAGAAUUGAUUCAUUUGUAUGUCGAGGGAGGAGUUGACAGUGAGUGGAAGGGAGAAUACGAUGACGAGAUGAUGGAAAUGUUAACAGAGGAAUGGAGAAUGAAGAGUGAUGUGUACUUCGAUGACGAUGGGACUAAGUGGGACAUUUCACAUCCUGAUGAAGACUUAGACUCUGCAUCUAUUGGUGAAAGCGAAACUCAUGGCACUUCCCUCGUUGAUGAUUUCGAGUUAGCGCCGGGCAAUGCUAAAUGUUUCGAGGCUACGACAUCAGUUGCAGAAAAAGAUUUAGACAGUGUUGAUAAGCAGGAUGGGGCUGAGUUCGACAUUUCAGGUUCGAAUGAAGUGCGAGACUCUGCGUCUGUGGGUGAAAGCGAAACUGAUGGCACCUCCUCCAUUGAUGAUUUCCAGUCAGAGCCGGGCAAUAUUGAAUGUUUCGAGGCCACGGGAAAUAGGAGGCAAAUGAGAGACGGAAGAAUUGGGCGCUAUGACAGUGUCGAUGGGGGGAAAACGGCGAGUAUGGAAAAUAGGAAGAAGGACAAGGAUGAGAUUGGGGAACCCGCCAACCCAAGUGAUGUUGUCGGGUCAAGUGGCCAAACAUGCAAAGGAGUUGAACACUAUGAGAGAUACUGCAAAGCUACAACUGAAGUUGAGGAUCAAAGAGACUUUUCUUCUGUGAAGAGGGAUAAGACUGUGGAGACUGAUCAAGUACUUGCAAAAACAGGCAAAGGAACAGGAUGUUCAUCAAAACCAGAAAGGGACCCUACAGAAAGAUGCAGAGGAAAGGAUAUAGCUAAAAGUUCAAGAAACGACAAAGGUUUGAGGCUGGGUAGAGAUGCAACUUCUACUUUAGGGAAGGGCACGGAGUCAAACUCAGGAAGGGACAUACCUUCAAGUUCACAAAGCAGCGCCACUUCGAGUUCAGGAAGGGCCAGAGGUUCAACUUCUGGAAAGGGCACAACUUUGAGUUCAGGAAAGGGCGUGACUUUGAGUUUAGGAAUGGGUAGGGGUUCAAGUUCGAGAAUGGACACAACUAAAAUGGGCACAGCUUCAAGUCCAGGAAGGGGCAUAACUUCAAGUUCACAAAGCAGCGCAACUUUGAGCACCGAAAGGGGCAGAGAUUCUACUUCAGGAAGGGGCACAACUGUGAGUUCAGGAAGGGGCAUGACUUUGAGUUUAGGAACGGGUAAGGGUUCAAGUUCAAGAAUGGACACAACUAAAAUGGGCACAGCGUCAAGUCCAGGAAGGGGCAUAACUUCAAGUUCACGAAGCAGCGCAACCUUCAGCAUAGGAAGGGGCAGAGGUUCAACUUCAGGAAAGGGCGAGACUGUGAGUUCAGGAAGGGACGAGACUUUGAGUUUAGGAACAGGUGGGGGUUCAAGUUCAAGAAUGGACACAAAUAAGAUGCACACAGCUUCAAGUCCAAGAAGGGGCGUAAUCUCAAGUCCACGAAGCAGCGUGACUUUGAGUGCAGGAGGGGGCAGAGGUUCAACUUCAGGAAAGGGCACAACUGUUAGUUCAGGAAGGGGCGCAACUUUGAGUUUAGGAAGGGGCACGACUAAAUUGGGCAAAGGUUCAAGCUCGGCCAAGGCUGAGCCUCAAACAUCAAGGUCACGAGAAGAACAAUAAGGCAAGCAUGAACAAGCACAAAAGCAAGCGGAAGAUCUAAGGUAAUAUAACAUAUAUAGUAGGUAUGCACUUUCUUCAUUCUUUUUGUGUGCUUACCCACAGACAAGCAUGGUUACAAACUCAACUUUUUCGGGAAGACUCGAGACCAAUAUGUCAUGGGGUAGAACUCUAUUUUUCUUAAGGAGACCCAAAACCAACAAGUUGUUACAGGACGCGGAUCAUCUAUCUCCUUCCAUAAGCCAAUCUGGUGUCUCCAUUCUGUUAUAGGUUGAUGAUUGCGGGUUUUUCAAAAGGAUUGAUCCUAAGUCCUCGUUACAUGACAGAGUGAUUUUUGGAUUGAUCAAUGAAAAAAAAUCAUUGGAAAGUAUGGAAGUCAGUUGAAAGUAUCUGAGGAGAAAGUCCACAUUCUCAAAACGCAGCUAGAAAGGAGUAAGCGACAGAACAACUAGAUACAAGUGGAAGUGUCUCGACUAGAAGCAAAGAAAAAGAUCUAUUUGAAAGGCAUAGUUGUAUUAGAAGGAUUGAUGUGCACAAAUGCUGAUGUUGAAGUUGGACGAAAAAACACAACUUACGUUGCCUUGGAUUGGCAACAAUUUUGGAUUGUCAUGAUGGUUGUCCAUCUCUUUUGCUUUUGGGUAGCAUAAUUGGGGGUAGAUGCUAGGCAAGACCAAUGUUAUGAUGCAAAAAAAGUGAAACUGUAUCCAACUGUGUUAGCAAAUCCAAGUUCAACUGUGUUUAAUUGUUUGCAAUGAAUGAUGUCUUGUUCUGUGUA